AUUCCCUGCAGCCACGGGCACACCCACCCCAACUCUCAAUCAACUCCUCGACGGGCUCCAUCGGCAUCAUCACUUCUGUUAUGAUGCCAUCGCUCGACGAUUCUUCCGUGCAAAGGAUUACAUGUAUGGUUGGGAUAGUGAUGAAUCCAUGAAACCCGUUCAGACUCUCCGGGAGCACGGCACGGCAGUCGGUGGAGAUGACCGCCUGCGUUCGUCCCUUGGAGCAUAGAGCAGACCUCGGACAUCGACUCUCGCAGUCGAAUCGCGCAUCUCUCUCGGUUCUGUCGUUCCAUCUCCACGCUCUCUCCAGACGCUUUCCUGGAGACAUGCCUCCCUCACUGUCCAAUCAAAAUACCAAGCUUCAGCGGCCUCUCACUACUAGGACUUCCUAAGUCCCCGAACAGUCUCCUUUUAGUCAACAACUACCACCUGGGCUCUGAACGUGAAGCCCGAAGCACUAUGACGGUCCUCAAUGAACAGGGUCCGCAUCCAUCUCCCAGCGAAUACAUACUACUAUAUCGUGGUCUAUUCCGGCGGGGCUGCCUCGGUCAUGUUGCCGUUCCCCUACAAAUUUCAUUGCUGACCAGUCUAGAUGACUUGUUUCCUUCUGCUCUUGUUUCCCGUUGUUCGAUGUUUUCCUUUUGUCAAGAGUCCAAGCUGUGAAGAGUGAGAAGCCGUGGAAGCAUGGAUAAUGGCAGAAAUUACGCCUUCAGAAACACACCCUGGCGGCUCCCAGGACCACCCCCCGCGCCACACGUUUGAAUCGGAGAAUACUGUCGACCUCGAUCCCACGCCUCCCAAGAUAGACAAUGCGCCUCCGGAUGGAGGAUACGGUUGGGUCUGCGUAGCCUGCAACUUCUUUAUCAAUGGGCACACAUGGGGAGUCAAUUCGACAUAUGGCGUCUUUCUGUCGUACUACCUCAAUAACAACUACUUCCCCAAUACGUCGGCCCUGGCGUACGCCUUCAUUGGCGGUCUGUCCAUCUCCCAAGCUGUUCUGAUCGCACCCUUGGCCACGCAUGUCAUCCACCUUUAUGGGACGAAAGUAUGCCUGCACCUAGGUAUCUUCUUCGAAACGUUGUCACUCUUCGGCGCCAGUUUCGCGAAGCAGAAAUACCAGAUCAUCCUAGCCCAGGGAAUCUGCUUCGGAUGGGGCAUGGGCUUUCUGUUCGUCGGAUCUGUGGGCAUUAUCCCGCAAUGGUUCAGGAAGAAGCGUAGCGUCGCCAAUUCCAUCGCCGCGGCAGGCUCAGGUCUCGGCGGCAUGAUGUACAGUCUUGCCACUCAACGCAUAAUCGAUACCAUGGGUCUCCCCUGGGCAUUUCGCAUCCUGGGCUUCUGCACCUUAGCAGUUAAUUUGACGGCUGCGAAUCUUAUCCGAGACAGAAAUAAACAGACGGGAGCUCGACAUAAAGCAAUGGACACCCAAAUCCUCCGCCGGCCCGAAUUUCUACUAGUCCAGGGCUGGUCAUUAUUCAGUAUGCUGGGCUACACCAUUCUGCUCUUUUCAUUGCCAGCCUACGGUCGUUCGAUAGGCUUGAAUGCCAAAGAGAGCUCCUUACUUGGGGCAAUCCUCAAUCUGGGUCAAAUGCUUGGUCGGCCUUUCAUUGGACUCAGCUCGGAUCGCUGGGGUCGUCUCAACCUAGCCACGUUCUAUACCUUUCUGUGUGGUAUCUUCUGCUUUGCAUUCUGGAUCCCGGCCGAAGUGGUCUCUUCCCCAAUGGGCUUGUUGUGCUUCUUUGCAAUCGUGGGCGGGUCUUUGGCCGGCACGUUCUGGACGACCAUUGCUCCGGUCGCCGCAGACAUCCUGGGCCUUCAAGACCUACCCGCUGGCCUCAGCCUGACGUGGCUCCUGAUGGUGCCGCCGACAACUUUCGCGGAACCCAUCGCAUUGGAACUGCGACGGCAAACCGGCCACAGCUGGAUCUACCUUCCUCCCCAGAUCUUCACCGCUCUCACGUAUUUCGCAGCAGCACUGUGUCUGUGGUUCGCACGAGGUUGGAAAGUUGGCGAAAUGAAGUGGGAAGCAAGCAAGACGCAGAGGGAUAGAGAGCAGACAAUGAUGAUGAUGGAGGACAGAACGCGUGCAUCAGAGACCAAACCCCCUCUCUCCGAAGGCACCGACAGUCAUCCAACCGUGGUGGAUGUGCCCCCCGCGGGUCCUAUCGUCGUUGACGAAAGGAACAGGGACGUUGGAAAUGGUGGCGAUAUCGUCACCAGACGAGAUAUCUGGCGUCCCAGAAACAUGUUCCGCAACAUGUUGGUCUGGCAGAUCGUGUAGUGGCCAAAACACUGCGUUGGGCCAUCAUUAUACAGUAGUAGUACAGAUUUGCAUAUUCUCCGUAGCUAGGGAGAAAAUGAAAUCGUUGCUGAAGCCUGA